AUGUCUCCGAUCCCCACCAACACCAGCAACAAGGACAAAGUCAUUCUCAUCACGGGAGCGUCUGCAGGAAUCGGCCUUGGAACUGCUCAGAAGCUUGCCAGUGAAGGCGCCAUUCUGACUCUCUUUGCCCGUCGUGGCGACAAGCUCUUGGCAGCCGAGAAAGAGCUCAAAGCCGCGUACCCCAACGUCAAGACCCUUGCAGUGGUUGGAGAUGCUGCCAAGGAGGAAGAUGUCAAGAGGGCUGUGGAAGAGACUGUCAAUGCAUUUGGAGGCAUUCAUGGCGCCUUUAUCAACGCCGGAAUCUACCGCCCUGGAAAGCUCACUGAGAUGUCCAAUGACGACAUGAACGCACUCUUGGACGUGAACGUCAAGGGCGUCAUUUAUUCCUUGAGGCAUAUCAUUCCUGCCAUCAAAAAAACUGUCGGGGACAGCCAGAAUGGAUAUAUCCAACAGGGAUCCAUUGUCGUCAACUCGAGUUGCAUGGCGACGGCCGUCAUUGCGCCCAAGAGCGCGGGAUCAUCUAUCUAUUCGGCUACAAAGGCCUUUGUCAACUCUAUAGUCGAGACUGCUGCAAUUGAAGAAGCACCCCUCAUUCGCAUCAACAGCGUUAUGCCCGGUGUGGUCAAGACCGAAGUGAUUCCAUUGGAAGACGAAGCCUACGAGGCGUUUGCAGCCAAGAUGCAACCCCUCUACGGACGGGCUGGGACACCCCAAGAGAUUGCGAAUGUUGUCUCAUUCCUUCUUGGGCCAGGAGCCUCGUUUAUCUCUGGAACGAAUGUCAAGGCCGAUGGUUUGUGGAGUCUCAGUGGAGGAAGUCUGGAGUAA